UUUACAGUUAGUCUGGACUGGACGUGUUCUGCUUGCUCUUCUGAAUUUCCUGUGACUUUUCAGUAAAAUACCUGCAGAAGAGCUUUAUUGUGUCUUUUAAAUCUGCUUGUGCUGAAGUUCUCUACAGAUUUAGUGUUUCACCACUGGCUGCGCAUGUUGGACCUCCGUUAUCCAACAUUCACUAUGAAAGUGUGUUUUCCGAUUAGUCAAGUUGCUGUGGCUUUGGGCCACGACUUCUGGUCCCCGUGGCAAAUUCAGUUGGGCACCUGAAAGAGUCAUCUUACACAUUGAACUGCCAUCCUUUCUCUUUUUUUUUGUCAAGAAUGUUAAUUUUCAGCUUCAACAAGCAGCAGUUAGUCAUGUCUGUGCUUUUAGAAUAGUUGGAAUCUGUGCUUUGGCUUUUAUGGAUGAGACUAUGUACUCUUGAAGUUUUGAUAAAUCUGGAAAUGACAUAUCACUGUACUUUAGACUGAGGGAUUAGAUCUAUAAUAUUUCAGGGUGAUUAAAAUUAAAUAGCCUCUGGCAUCAAAGAAAUUUACAAAAAUAAAAAAAAACUUUUAAACUUUCUUUCUUAAUAAAUAUAUAGUUGAAGUCAUGACUGUGACAUAUUCACUUCAUGUGUCUAAGGCUCGCCUUUGUGGCUUUGCUAAGCUUUUAGUGAGAUGGAGAGGAAGUAUUUACAAGCUUCUCUAUAGAGAAAUGCUGAUUUUCAUUUUCCUGUAUUAUUUCUUAUGGGCUCUGUACAGAGUCUUUCUGAAUGAAAACCAAAAGGGGACAUUUGAAAAGCUAGCAAUUUAUUGUGAAGCUUUUACAGAACUAAUUCCUUUGUCAUUUGUUUUGGGGUUUUAUGUAACAAUAGUAGUUGGAAGAUGGUGGAAUCAAUUUCUUGCUAUCCCUUGGCCAGAUAAGUGCUCAAUGCUAAUUUCUGCCUAUGUGAAUGGAGCAGAUGAACGAGGUCGUAUUAUUAGGAGAACCUUGGCUCGGUAUUUGAACUUGAUGUCAGCUUUGACUUUUCAAGCAAUUAGUCCAGCUGUCAAGAAACGCUUCCCUACUAUUGAUCAUUUGAUUGAAGCAGGGCUUAUGACCAAAGAAGAGUUAAGAGUCUAUGAUGAAGUUUUAAUGACCCAUGGAAAAUGGUGGGUUCCUGCUCAGUGGUUUACUGCUGUAGCCACAAGAGCUCGUAGAGAAGGACGGAUCAAGGAUGAUGUUCUCUUAAAGCAUUUGCUGGAUGAAAUGCAUGUUUUCCGUGGAAAUUGUGGACUUUUGUUUAGUUUUGAUUGGAUCAGCAUUCCGCUAGUUUACACUCAGGUUGUGACUUUAGCUAUUUAUACUUACUUCAUUGCAACUUUGAUGGGACGUCAGUAUUUGAAUCCUGAAAAGGGUUAUCCUGGACAUGAAAUAGAUCUCUACGUUCCAGUUUUUACCCUUCUUCAAUUCUUUUUUUAUAUGGGAUGGCUUAAGGUUGCCGAACAGUUAAUAAAUCCUUUUGGUGAGGACGAUGAUGAUUUUGAAUUGAAUUGGUGCUUGGACAGAAAUUUACAGCUUUCAUACAAUACGGUGGAUGUAAUGCACCAACGCCAUCCUCUCUUAGUAAAAGAUGCAUUUUGGGAUGAGAGUGAACCACAGCUUCCUUAUACAAGAUCCUCCUUUAAUUUGAGAACACAACCGCAUCUUGGAUCUGCAAUGAACCUUGAUGUAAACUUAGAAGAAGCAGAGUUCAUACAAAUGGAAACCAUCAUGGAAGACGAUAAAGAUGAAAAUAAUUACAGUAGCCCACCAAGGAGCCCUUCAUUUGAUUUAGGUCAUUCAAAUUUCGUCUUAGACACACCUACUAGGAGAACAAGUACCUGUAGCAUUGAUGCAGAUAGUACAUCAUUGUCAAGAUCUAAAAUAUUAGAUUUUCCUGGAUCCAAGUUUGUCAAUAUGAUUAUUGGUUCUAAUCGAGAAUUGUCAUGUAGCAUUGAUUCAGUUAAAGAUACGCAAAGCAAUUCAGUCUCAACACCAUUUAUCUUGAAAUCCCCAUGUCCAAAAAGAAGGUCUAGUUGUGAACCUUCGUUAGUGAUAAAUGAAACCAGAAUGAGUGCAGAAUCUCCACUUCUAACUUCUUUAUCUCAAGAAGAGAUCAAUGUUGGUGGCGAAAAUUUAGAAACUGAAGAUCAGCACGUUUUAUAUCAAGAAAAGCCACCAGAUCAUUGCAUCAUUAAAAUUCCAGAUUUGUCUGUGGUUGAGGAAGAAAGCUCAUCUGGUUCUAGAGGCUCAUCUCCUGUUAAUGAUUUUGGACUUCCAGGAAUAUUGAUAGAGGGUAAUAUAGAUCCUGUUGUUGCAACACCCUAUGAGCCAAACACUUCCCAAGAAAGUUUAUCUUCUUCUGAUAGCCAAAGCACAAACAUCUAUUCUCCUCUCAUAAAGAGUGUUUAAGUUAUGUGAUGUGCAUGUUAAUAUAAAAUGUGAUGUUUUUAAUAGUAUUUGCAAGAGAGAGAGUAAAAAAAAAUUUCUUUUUGAAGUAUAAUGCUUCAUAGAAUAAAAUUAUGACAUAUUUAAACAUUUAGUUAGAGAACCCCAAUUUCCUUCAGUUUCAAUUAUUAAAAAAAUUCGGCAGUUGAAAUUAUUUAACUCGUAAUAGUUAUUGAAGAAAUUAUUAAGUAAUAGUUAAUUGGCUUCUGGUUUUUGUAAUGUUUUAUUAAAACAUUGAAUUUUCCCCUAAAAUUACCUGUAAAGUAGACAUAAUGGUUUUCUACCUUUUUUAGUUGUUCACACUUAAGUAUUAUGUUAAGUCAUUCCUUUUUGCUAACAACGCAUUUACAUGUUUGCAAUUACUCAUUUUACGAUGAAAUAUUUAAAAAUCAUGUUGAGUUUUGCUAAAAAGAAUAUUAUAUAUGAAUGCAGUUCUUUUCAAACUUUGCCUUUAAAAUUAAAUUCCUUUAACGUAUCUUAAGAUUUAUGUAUAACUUUGGGUAAAUAUGUAUUUUUAUUUUUAUAUCAAGUAAUUGAAAUGUGACUAUUUAAAGAAGGAGAUAUUUUUAACUGAUGUCAAAGAGUAAAAGUUGUAAAUCAAAGGAAAAAAACUUCUAAAGUUUCAAUGUUUUAUCUUGAGUUCAAGGUUUAGCUUAUAAUGCGAUAUUCAUAUACAUAGGUUGAUAUACAACUUAGGUAGUUAUAUCUGUAAGUUUUAUUGUGAACCUUGUGAUUUACUUCUUACUAACCUUUUACACUGAUCAUCCACAUUUUUCAUAUUUAUAACAUUCUUCAAAUACAAUUUUUUUAAAAUUUGAGCUUCGGGUCUUAACACUUUGAUAAAUUAAUUAUGACUUUGGUGUGGAACUUUGGACAAUUCAUUACAUUUUUCUGAAUCUCUAUGUGUGUUGUCUACUUAAUAUACAUGUUUUUCUAUUCCAAUUUACAUGAAACUGUGAUUUUUACUUUCUUUGUUAGUUUUGUCUAUCUUUUGGAAACACUUUUAAAAUUGGCAUAAAAAUUUGUUAUACCAAACAUUAUUUUUGAGAGAUUUUGUACAGCACGUUAAAAAAUUUAAUCUUAAUUUUUGUAUGCACACUUUUCUAUCUUAUUUAUCUAUUAUUACACUAGAUUCUUAAAGUACUAAUGUUUGUUUCAUCUUUUCCUUGAAUAAACUAAUUAGAAUGUCAAUUAAUAUAUACUUUCAUUGUUUCUGAAAAUCUUUUUAAAUAUAAGUAUUUUAUAAAUCUUUUAUUUUUUAAUUUUUACUGUAGGUGUGAAUUGAGAUGUAUAAAUUUAUAUAUAUUCUCAAUUACUUCAAUUUAUACGGCCAUGACUGUGCUGCUUGUUUGUUUCUAAAUCUGAAAUAAAAAUUUGUUUAUUCC